CGUUUAAGUUGUCUAAUGGUCGAAUCUUUCCAGUUAACCAGAUCAGAAACUAGGUUUUUCCAGCGUAGCAGUCCAUUUUUUAGGUUUUGGCCAUACAUUCCCACUUUGCAAGAGAAUCAAGCAGUGAAUAUAACAGAUGUGAACCCAAGAGAGCUGGAUUUGAAUGGAAAGAGCUUCUAUUGGUAUAGGGGCUCUCUAACUACUCCACCAUGCACACAGGGAGUGAUGUGGGCAGUGAUAAAGAAGAGAUACAAGGUCUCUCCAAUGCAACUGGAUCUGUUACAUGCUGCUCUUGAGCAUGCCAAUUCUCGUCCAAUUCAGUCUCUCAAUGCAAGGUCUGUAUACAAGGGGAAGCUCACCUGAUAGUUUUGUGUCUGAAGAACAAUGGCAGAGGUUCAUACUUCAAUAUUUAGGCAUGCCAAUAAGACUUCUUAGGAGAUUAAGAAUUUAAGACAUUACCUACUACUCCUGGAAGUUGGUACGUACUUUGAAGGAUAUUUUGCAGUUUCUUGAAUAAGCUUCCCAAAAUACCUACACAUGGUAUUUGUUUGGUUCAUCAUUGCGCUCUUACGGUAGUUGCAACAAAUUUUUUUACUUGUGAUGAUCAUAUAACAGGCAACAUGGAGGAAUUUUUUUACUUGAGUAGAUACUUUGUAAUUUAAUUUUAAGUUGCUUGGAUAUAUAAUAUGGUCUAUUUUAGAUUUCUAAA